AUGAAAGGGAGUUACUUUGACAAUUAUAGUGCUCAUCCCAAUGGUAGAAUCUGGAUUUGUUGGGAUACAAGUAAAGUUGAUUUGAAGUUGAUGAAUUGUUCUAGCCAGCAUAUCCACUGUGGAGUUCAUGCUUUAAAUGGUGAUUUCUUGUUUUGGCUGACUGGGAUCUAUGCUCAUAACCAGCUUGACUUAAGGAAAAGACUGUGGAAGAACAUUUUAGGUAUCUACUCUAAGCAAACUGGCCCCUGGUGUGUUAUUGGAGACUUCAACAAUGUUUUAGGUGCCCAAGACAGGAUUGGAGGGAAACUGGUUCAUGGUAAUGAGUACAUUGACCUUGAGCAAAUGAUGCAGGAUACGCAAUUAUCAGAAAUGGAUAGUGUGGGGGAUUACUUCACUUGGUCUAAUAAGCAGGUGGCAGGUACUAUCUACUCUCGGAUAGAUAGGGCCAUUUGUAAUGUAGAAUGGUUCUUGAAAUAUAACAACCAUAGUUUAAACAUUCUGCCUCCCAAUCUAUCCGACCAUGCUUUACUAUACAUUAAAGGCCCUCAAGAGAUGCAGCGCAAUAAUUGUUUCAAGUUCAACAACUACCUUUUGGAGAUUGUAGGAUUUCAGGAUAUGGCUAAAAAAUCCUGGGAGAAGGCUGUUAAAGGAAACCCUAUGCAGGCCCUUUGGAAGAAACUUAAGAGACUAAAGUAUGUUGUGAAAGAGUUUAGUAAAACUGCUGGGAAUAUGCAAACUAAGAUUAAUGAAACUAGGAACAAGCUCCACGAUGCUCAUAUUUCCCUUAUGCUUAAUAGGAAUGAUGGUUGUUUGCUUGAGAGUAUUAAAGGUUUGUCAGCAGAUUUAAUCAAAUAUCAUGAGUAUGAGGUAGCUAGACUGGCUCAAAGGACUAAAAUCAAUUGGAUCAGGGGAGGUGAUGAAAAUUCCAAGUUCUUUUUUGCUUAUCUUAAAGCCAGGCAGAACAAGAAUAGCAUCAACUUUCUUCAACUUGAGAAUGGUGACAUUAUUGAGGAUCAGAAGGGCAUUGAGAGAGAAGUGAUGAGAUUUUAUGGCAGCCUUAUGGGUGACUGUUCUAUGAAUAUUAAGCACAUUGAUGUAGAAGCUAUGAGAGAGGGCUAG